GUGAACGGCUACCUAUGGAUUAUCGGUAGCACGCUUGCCCUGGUAUGUUCAGUCAGUGGACGAUGGAAUCGAGAGACCCAACAUCAACUUGUCAUUCUAAACAUAGGUCUCCUAUUAGAUGUAAUCUUGUCGUGCAUUCUGAAAUUGGUGAUUCAACGACCUCGUCCAGGAUAUAACGUCAAGGAUCAGAGUAUAUUCAGAAAUUCGAAGCUCCAAUCGCUGAUCAGUUCUCCUUUCCUUCUGGGACACAGUUCUAGAGCAGCAAUGUUAGCCACAUUGUGUGCGGCUUUCUUUCCGAAAUAUCGAUUUGCCGCUAUGCUGAUGGCGGUGGUGGUUGCUAUGAGUCGUGUGGCAAUGGGACGCCAUUAUUUAAGUGAUGCACUUGGAGGUCUCCUCUUGGGCUGGCUUGAAGGAUUAGCAGUGCUCGCUCUGCCCCGCGGCGUCACCGUCUGGAUUCGACAAAUUCUUCACUGA